AUGAACACAAUAGCGUCCGGUAACGAAGGGGAGAGAAAUGAAGCACUACUCGUUCUCGUUCAAAGAUGUGUCGAUGAUAACCAGCGCGAUAUCGUAGUGGGAUGCAACGGUGUUGAAGUGCUAACUGGGCUAGUGAGGAAUGAACGCAACUACUUCGCGCAACUUUACGCUUUGGAAUGUCUGAAAUGGUGUGCUCCCACCGCAGUUGGCGAGCUGGAAAAGCAGCUUCGGGGGGCAUCGGAGCAGGAACUCACAUCUGUCGUGAACGGACUGAAGGCGGACAGUGACGAAGAGAAGCUUGCAGCAGUGGUUCGUUGCCCUUGUAUGGCGAUUCCAGACAACUGCGAGAAGUUGCAACGGGUCGGCGUAAUUCCUCUCCUCGUCAAGCUGGUGCGAAAUGGAAAUGAUUCCAUGAAACUCUGGGCGGCUGAAGCGCUACGAUAUCUUGCAGCAGGAAGCGAGAAGUGCAGGCCCGCGAUUGCAAUGAAUGGGGGCGUUGAGUCGCUGGUUACGCUCGUAACAUCUGGAACGGCACAGCAGACGCUCGUAGCAGUGCUCGCUUUGGGGAAUCUCGCACGCAGCAAAGUUGUGAGUGAAGCGGUCGUACGGAAAGGAGGCAUUUCACCCCUGAUCGAGCUUUUGCAGUCGGGUACUGACAGUCAAAAGCACGCAGCCGUGAACACUCUCGGGGCCAUUGGAUCCACUAACAGCGCUGAUAUUAUUCGGCACAACGGCACAGCCGCAACGAGUUUAUUGAACAAGCUCGCGAUGACUUUAGGAAAUCGCGAUGGAAUCGUUCGCCAAGGCGCAAUCCCACCACUUGUAGCGCUUCUGCAGAACGGCAACGUAGAGCAACAAGCCAGUGCUUUGGGAGCGUUAACAAGCCUCGCUGCAACAGGUUCUCAUGCCGUAGAAAUUAUCGACAAGGGAGCGAGUCGGCCACUACUUGCAAUACUGCAGACGAGGGCAGAGGAUCAAAAGUCCAUGGCGUUGAACCUCCUGUUGGCUCUGAGCACGAAUCAUGAAAAGAGCUCUGAAAUCGUCCGAGAAGGAGCGAUCCCACCG